UGCCAGUUUUGGGUUUGCGUCCGUUCUCUGCGUUCAACGUCCAUCACACUUCCAUUGCUGCUGCUGCUGUUCUUACCUUCCCUAGCGUUCUGCCUUUGGUGUUGACUUCUUAACUUCUACCAGAGCACUACAUGCGUAGCAGCAUGGGGAACAGAAAUAUAUGCUUCACAGUUCUGGAAGCUGGAAGAUCAAGAUGAAGAUGCAGAAACCUGCUGAGGGCUACUUCCAUUCCAAGAGGGUGCUUUGGACUGCAUCCUUCUGCAGUGGUCUCACUUGUCAGAAAGUGGAGGAGUAAGAGGACAACCCUUUCUCUGUCGGACUCUCACAAUCCACAACCUUGAGCCCAGUAGCAAGAGGACAACCCUUUCUCUGUUGGACUCUCACAAUCCACAACCUUGAGCCCAGAAGCCUUACUACCUUUCCCAAGGUUCCAGCUUCCAGCUUUGUUGCACUUGGAACUUGGUCUCUGCUCAUGGAUUUGAACACACUUUUUAGGUCACAGCAGACACCAACGACAUCCUACCAGUUUGACACCAAAUUCUAAUUCAGAGUGUGGAUGUAGAUAGCAGCGUAAUUUUGAGAAGGCAGAUCUGAGUUUCAGUUUCAAGACUAAGAUGAGAGGAAGUUCAGAACCUAAGUCACUGAGUUGUCAUGAGACGGUAAAAGAAGGUUCCCGGCUUCUGAGCAAUUGUAUUAUAAGACAUGGCUGAAGAGAAAAGAUUACUCAGAAUACCCAUGAGCAAAUGUUCACUUACCCAAGAAUGAGCAAACUCUGAUGUUGGCCAGUGAGAUGGCUCAGUGGGUCAAGAUGCCUGUCCUGGAGCCUCAAAACUUGAAUUCAGUCCAUGGAGGAAAGAAAUGGACUCCCACAAGACAUGGGCCACCAGGUGCCCUCUGCAGGAGCGCUGCGGUGUGCAAUUGUGAGCACAUUCACAUGCAAGGAAAUAAAUUCUCGUUCUGGAUUCUGCAGGCAGACUGCUCCCAAAGAAGUGACAAUUCCCAUGACUGUUCCCAGAGGAAUGAGAGGCAGUCAUGGCGAGGAAGCCUAACAGCAAGCAACACGCAUAAGGUCCAGAGCAUGAAGCUGAGAGCUCACGUCUUCCAAAGGAGACACAGAGAAGAGCUAACUACAAGUGGGUCUCUCUCGAAACCUGAGGUUCUUCUCUUCAGCAGAACUGGACAGCCCAAGAUCUUCAGGGUUGCACCCCUCUCCACCGCUCACCCCCAGCGCUGUAGUCACAGGAUGUCAAGUCCUUUGGAGGUGGCGUAGCUGGAUCAUAUGGUAGGUCUAUUUUUGACAUUUUGAGAGUUUUGCUCACUGAUUUCCAGAAUGGCUGCUCCAGCACUCCCCACCCCCACCCCCAGCAGUGAGUGACAGUUCUCUUUCCCCACAUCCUUGCCACUGUUUGUUAUCAUGGUUGCUUUGACCGACACCUCCUGAGUUGCUAGGGAUGAAUGGUUUUGAGUUAUUUCUUAGUCAUUUUUAUUUCUUUUUUGGAGAACUUCCUGUUCGGAUCCAUAGCUCAUUUUUUAAAUUAGAUCAUUGUUUUAUUCUUUUUUUUUUGAGUUCUCUAUAUAUUGUGGCUGCUAAUCUUCUGUCAGAUGUAUAUCUGGCAAAGAUUCUCUACCACCCUGAUUGUUUCCUUAGUUGUACAGAAGCUCUUUAGUUUUAUGAGGCCCUAUUUAUCAAUUUUUAAAAAUAGGAUGUGAACAGAAACUUCAGAAAAAGUACAUUAAUGUCCAAGAAAAAAAAGCCCAAGAUCUCUGGCUGUUAGAGAAAUGCAAAUUAAAACUACAAUAAUAUACUACUGGAAACUCAUUCAUAUGGGUAGAGAUAAAUAACUGAUACUCACCCAACGUUAGCAAAAAUAUAAAGGAGACACAACUUAGAUCCGUGCUGGUAAGAAUGGAAAAUUUGGCAACCUAGCAGUUUCUUAAGUUUCUUAAAGAGUUAAGCACACAUCUGUCGUAUGACUCAGUAAUACCAAUUCUAGUGUUUAUACAAAAUAAAGGAAAACACUCGCCCACAAAAAGCCUUGUGUAAGGAAGCUUAUAGCAGCUUUAUUCAUAAUAGCCCCAAACUGGAAACAACCCAGGUGCCCAUCAAUAGAGCAGAAAAAUAAACUGCGAUGUCCUCAGCCAGUGGAAUGCAAUGAAAUAAUAAAGAGAAGCAAACUGCUUGUGCAAGCAGAAACAUGAAUGAACCCCCAAAGUCUACACUCAGGGAAGAAAGUCAGUUGCAAGAGUGUAGACUCUGUGGUUCUGUGGAUAUGAAGUUCUGCAGGGAAGAAAAAAAUGUGAUUAAAAUCAGAACAAUGAUUGCUUCUAGAAGAGACCAAGGCUGAGGAACUUUUCUGGUUGAUGAAAAAUAUUUAAAAUAAUGUGUGUUAUCUUAGUUAAGGGAGCCACCUUAGAGUUGGCAAGAGACUUGAACCUAGAGUGGCUCCCAGGAGCCCAAGGCGAUGUCCCCAGUUAGUCCCUUGGGAAGCGGAGGAUAGGGAACCUGAAAUGACACUAUCCCAUAGCAAUACUGACGAAUAUCUUUCAUAUCACCAUAGAACCUUCAUCUGGUGAUGGAUGGAGAUAGAGACAGAGACCCACACUGGAGCACUGGACUGAGCUCCCAAGGUCCCAAUGAGGAGCAGAUGGAGGGAGAACAUGAGCAAGGAUGUCAGGACCACGGGGGGUGCACCCACCCACUGAGACAGUGGGGGCUGAUCUCUUGGGAGCUCACCAAAGCCAGCUGGACUGUGACUGAAAAAGCAUGGGAUAAAACCGGACUCUCUGAUCAUGGCGAACAAUGAGGACAGAUGAGAAGCCAAGGUCAAUGGCAAGGGGUUCUGAUCCUACUUCAUGUUCCGGUUUGGUGGGAGCCUAGCCAAUUUGGAUGUUCGCCUUCCUAGACAUGGACGGAGCGGGAGGACCUUGGACUUUCCACAGGGCAGGGAACCUUGACU